GCUCCAUGUUGCGGCGCUGCGUGGCACUGGGCACUGACUGGCUCUGACUGCAGCACACACACACACACACACACACACACACACACACACAUGACUCUAGUUGUGAAUGGCCCCGCGACACUCGGCACACUUGGCGGGCGGGAAGUCACCGUCAGUCCGGAUCUACUGCUACCUGCUGCCCGCUGCCGCUGCUGCUGCUGCUGCAGACCGAGGUUGCGCUGCGUACACCCAUGGGUGUCGCUACUGUGACCGUCUUGACUGCUGAACGUUGCCGCUUUGAUCCGUGCAGCUAUUUUCAGAGUCUGCUCCGUAAACCGUUUUUUUUUUUUGGACGUGCAGCCUGCAGCUCGGGCAAUCAGGACCGAGGAGCCGCACGGAGCGCUGCAGCAGUCACGGACCCGGAGCAAAGCAAGGGGAGGCACGGAUGCAAUUGAGAAAAAAAAAUAAAGGUUCAAGUCUAGGAAAGAGAUCCGCUGGGUGUCCCCUCUGGAGAGGGAUCUGGACUGUGGUUCAGCCCAGAGAAAUGUAGCGCCUCACUGCCCUCAAAGCCGGAUUUGGAGACCUGCCUGCUGUCUACUCAUGAUUUCUGUGUAGUCUGGUCCAGGGGCAUCUGCUGCAGUCAUGUUUAGGAACAGCUUGAAGAUGUUGCUGACGGGAGGGAAGGCCAACCGCAAGAGUCGCAGCAGCGAUGGCGGCAGCGAGGACUUGGCAGACCCGCGGUCACCCGGUCUAGACCCUCACCUGAGCCACGUCGGUCAAGGUGGCAGCAUAGACAGUGACUGUGCCUUCGAGGGCGACUACGCCGUGCCGCCGCUCCACAUGACCGAGGGCAUGCACCACAUUCGCAUCAUGGAGGGCGUGUCCCGCUCGCUGCCCUCCUCGCCGCUGCUCACCCACCAGACCAUCAGCGUGAGGCUGCAGCCGGUGAAGAAGCUCACAGCCCCUCUGCGGAAAGCAAAGUUUGUGGAGAGCCCUCGCAUUCCACAAUCAGAGCUUGGCUCCCCUACACACACCUCCACCACUGCCAAGAAUCCAGACCUGGACAAAUACUGCCCGGCCGAGUCAAGCCAGGAGCUGGGGCCCCCUCCGUCGGUGGAUGAGGCAGCCAACACAUUGAUGACGCGCCUGGGUUUCCUUCUGGGAGACAAAGUGAGCGAGGGGCCGGCCGGUACCCAGUACAGCAUGGAGGAACCCGAGGCGAGACAGGGCCAGAACCAGAGGAUAAGCCCGUGCUCCACCCUGACCAGCAGCACUGCCUCACCCCCUGCAGGCAGCCCCUGCUCCACCCUCCCCCCUGCCAUGCCAGGCCAGGCUGGAAACAAGGAAUGUGCCUACGGUUCUGUCACCAGUCCAACUUCAACCCUGGAGAGCCGGGACAGCGGGAUUAUCGCCACACUGACCAGCUACUCGGAGAACAUGGAGCGAGGCGGCAAAUACGAGGGCUCCCGGGGGAACCUGAAGCUGUGGCAGUCGCAGAAAUCAGGCAUGGACUCGUUCCUGUACAGGGUGGACGAAAACAUGACCGCCUCCACCUACAGCCUCAACAAAAUCCCCGAACGCAACCUGGAGAGCAUGUCCUCCCACUCCGCCCACUCCAUCCCUCUGUACCUCAUGCCCCGCCCUAACUCUGUGGCCGCUACCAGCUCAGCCCACCUGGAGGACCUGGCGUACCUGGAUGAGCAGCGACACACUCCAUUACGCACCUCGCUGCGCAUGCCCAGACAGAGCACCACCUGCGGGCCGGGCCGCUCCGGGCAGGACCUGAGAGCUUCCGCUAAUAACACCCAUGCCUGGCAAUCCCAAUCACUACGUUUUGCACCCUAUCGGCCUCAAGACAUCGCCCUCAAACCCCUGCUGUUUGAGGUGCCCAGCAUCACCAUGGACUCGGUCUUCACAGGCCGCGAGUGGCUCUUCCAGGAGAUCGACGCCUACCUCAACAGCCCCAACGCCAGCACCAACCGCGGCGUGGCCGUCGUAGGCAACAUUGGCUUCGGAAAGACCGCCAUAAUCUCGCGCCUGGUGGCGCUGAGCUGCCACGGCACCCGCAUGAGACAGAUCGCCUCGGACAGCCCGCAGGCCUCUCCCAAACAUGGAGAGGGGCUUCCUCUCACCCAGCCUCAGCCCACUCACGGCACCCUGGGAGGAGGCAGCUGCCCCGGGACCCCUGAGAUGAGGCGACGCCAGGAAGAAGGCAUGAGGAGGCUGGCCUCUCAGGUGGUGGCGUACCACUACUGCCAGGCGGAUAACGCCUACACCUGCCUUGUCCCCGAGUUUGUGCACAACGUGGCGGCUCUGCUGUGCCGCUCGCCGCACCUCGUUGCCUACAGGGAGCAGCUGCUGAGGGAGCCGCACCUACAGAGCAUCCUGAGUCUGCGCUCCUGCGUGCAGGACCCCCUGGCUGCCUUCAGGAGGGGGGUCCUGGAGCCCCUGGAUGUCCUUUACAAAGAGAGGAAAAUCAACUCCGAGGAGGAUCUCAUCAUCCUCAUCGACGGUCUGAACGAGGCGGAGUUCCACAAGCCGGACUACGGAGACACCAUCGUGUCCUUCCUCACAAAAACCAUCAACAAGUUCCCUCCCUGGCUCAAACUGGUGGUCACAGUCAGAACCACGCUGCAGGAGAUCACCAACGCGCUGCCGUUCCACCGCAUCUCUCUGGACGGCCUGGAGGAGAACGACGCCAUCGACCAGGACCUGCAGGGCUACAUCCUGCACCGCAUCCACAGCAGCCCCGAGAUCCAGAACAACAUCUCGCUCAACGGCAAGAUGGACAACACCACCUUCGGCAAGCUCAGCGCCCACCUCAAAGCCCUGAGCCAGGGCUCCUACCUGUACCUCAAGCUCACCUUUGACCUCAUCGAGAAGGGCUACCUUGUGCUGAAAAGCUCCAGCUAUAAGGUGGUUCCAGUGAACCUGGCAGAGGUUUACCUGCUGCAGUGCAACAUGCGCUUCCCCACACAGUCGUCGUUCGAGCGGGCGCUCCCCCUGCUCAACGUGGCCGUGGCCUCGCUUCACCCGCUGAAUGACGAGCAGAUCUACCAGGCCACCAACGCCGGCUCGCUGCAGGGCACGCUGGACUGGGAGGAUUUCCAGCAACGCGUAGACAACCUGUCAGUCUUCCUGGUGAAGAGGCGGGACGGCACCCGGAUGUUUGUUCACCCGUCCUUCAGAGAGUGGCUGAUCUGGAGGGAAGAAGGGGAAAAGACGAAGUUCCUCUGCGACCCGAGGAGCGGCCACACACUACUGGCCUUCUGGUUCUCUCGGCUGGAGAGCAAGCUGAACCGGCAGCAGACUAUUGAGCUGGGCCAUCACAUCCUCAAAGCACAUAUCUUCAAGGGCCUCAGCAAAAAAGUCGGGGUUUCCUCAUCUAUCUUGCAAGGCCUGUGGGUAUCCUACAGCACAGAGGGCCUUUCUGCAGCACUUUCUUCUCUCAGAAACCUUUACACCCCCAACAUUAAGGUGAGCCGUCUGCUCAUGAUAGGCGGGGCUAAUGUGAACUACCGUACCGAGGUGCUGAACAACGCCCCCGUCCUGUGCGUCCACGCCCACCUGGGCUACAUGGACAUGGUGGCUCUGCUGCUCGAGUUCGGCGCCUCGGUCGACUCUCCGUCUGAAAGCGGUCUGACGCCGCUGGGCUACGCCGCCGCCGGGGGUCACAUGGCCAUAGUGACGGCGCUGUGUCGCAGGAGAGCAAAGGUGGAUCACCUGGAUAAGAACAGCCAGUGUGCUCUGGUUCACGCAGCCCUGCGGGGUCACAUGGAGGUGGUGAAGUUCCUCAUCCAGUGCGACUGGAGCCUCGGUCCGCAGCAGCAGCAGCAGUCGUCACAAACACAACAACAGGCGUCUUUCACCAAGAGCCACGCGGUGCAGCAGGCUCUGAUCGCUGCAGCCAGUAUGGGAUACACAGAGAUUGUGUCCUACCUGCUGGACCUGCCGGAGAAAGAUGAAGAGGAGGUGGAGCGCGCUCAGAUCAAUAACUUCGACACCCUGUGGGGGGAGACAGCUCUGACUGCGGCCUCCGGUCGGGGGAAGCUGGAGGUCUGUCGUCUGUUACUGGAGCAGGGGGCUGCUGUGGCUCAGCCCAACAGGAGAGGCAUCGUCCCGCUGUUCAGCGCCGUCCGACAGGGACACUGGCAGAUAGUGGACCUCCUCCUCACACAUGGCGCUGACGUCAACCUGCCUGACAAACAGGGUCGUACUCCUCUAAUGAUGGCAGCCUCAGAGGGACAUCUGGGCACUGUUGAGUUUUUACUGGCUCAAGGAGCCUCGCUGUCUCUGAUGGAUAAGGAGGGUCUGACCGCUCUGAGCUGGGCCUGUCUGAAAGGUCACUUACCUGUUGUCCGCUGCCUGGUGGAGAGCGGUGCGGCCACUGACCACGCAGACAAGAACGGACGCACGCCGCUCGACCUAGCUGCCUUCUACGGUGACUCUGAAGUGGUCCAGUUCUUGGUCGACCACGGGGCCAUGAUAGAGCACGUAGAUUACAGCGGGAUGCGUCCCCUCGACCGGGCGGUGGGCUGCAGAAACACGUCGGUGGUGGUCGCCCUGCUCAAGAAAGGAGCCAAGAUAGGAUGUCAGACGCUGCCCAGUCGGCCCCGAGGUCCAGCCACAUGGGCCAUGGCCACCUCCAAACCCGACAUCAUGAUCAUCUUACUCAGCAAACUCAUUGAGGAGGGGGACAGCUUCUACAAGCAGAAGGGGAAGGUGAAGGAGGCAGCGCAGCGUUAUCAGUAUGCCCUCAAAAAGUUUCCACGCGAAGGCUUCAGUGAGGAUCUCAAGACGUUCAGGGAGCUCAAGGUGUCACUUUUCCUCAACCUGUCCCGAUGCCGGAGGAAAAUGAACGACUUUGGGAUGGCUGAGGAAUUUGCUACAAAGGCACUAGAACUGAAACCAAAAUCCUACGAGGCAUAUUAUGCCAGGGCUCGCGCCAAGCGUAGCAGCAGACAAUUUCCUGAAGCCUUAGAGGACCUGAAUGAAGCCAUGAAGCAGUGCCCCAACAACCGAGAGAUCCUGCGGCUGCUGCAGCGGGUGGAGGAGGAGUGUCACCAGCUGAACCAGGAGGAGCAGCAGCAGCAGGACCUGGAGCUGGAGCCUCCCCCCUCCCCUCCUCCUACGCCUCCCCCUGAAGACGAGGAGUCCCUGUCCUUGUCCCUGUCCAUGCCUCUGCCCCCUCCCCCGGAGCCCCGACUGGAGGACAUGGAGCCCGUCCAGGACCUUUUCGAGGACGAGGACUACCUGGAGCAGGAGCUGGAGGCCAUGUCUGUGGGUCUGCCUCCGCCCGAGGGUCACGCCAAUCCUUCCAGCCUUCCCAUCAUCCAGAGCCCCCCGCUGUCCCCCACGCACCCCGACCAGAUCUACUUAGCCGGAGGUUCUCCAAUGGGACAGCCCUACGAGUAUCACCCCACCUCCUCCUCCAUGUCCUCCCCGACACGAGGGUCGUACCAGCCGACGUCCCCCUCCCUGUCCCCGACGCACCAGAACUCCCACUACCGCCACAGCCCGCCUCACACCUCCCCCGUGCACCAGCAGUCCUACGGCUACAGCUCGCCUCCACUGGGCUCCGGGGGUCAGGGGAUGGAUCACCAGAGCCCGCCGCCUUCACCUUUACGCCGGGCCGCCCAGUACAGAGCCAGUCCGCCGCUGGAGAGCGUCUGUCUGUACAGGUCCCAGUCGGGGUCUCCCGUUCGCUACCAGACCGAGCAGCACCCGGGUCGACCCAAGUCCCCGCUCUCCAAGAUGAGCAGCCAGCGCUCGUUCCAGCUCAGCUCGCAGCCCUCCCUGUCCUCGCAGCACCACCAGGCCCAGGGCCUCCGUCUGCAGCCGUCGAUAGCCCAGAUCGUCCGCACAAACCAGCCCAGUAACGUGAUGGGGAACAGCAUGUACGGGGGCCAGAUGGGACACUCCAUGGGCGGUCGUUACCAAGGGGGGUCGGUGGACGUGGAGAGCCGUUUGGUGUACCAGCCUUCCCUGGACGGACGGUCCAUGCCCCAGGUCCAGGCCAGCCUCAGCUCUGGGGCCCUCUGUCAGCACGGCGGCCGAGGAGGGGUUAUGGAGUCGGGCCUGUUGAAGGACGAGCUACCCCAGCGCCCCUCCUCUGCCUACCGCGCCAGCAGCGGGGGCCCGGGGGGCAUCCGUUACAGCCAGACCCCUCAGAUCAGCCGAAGCCAGUCGGCCGCCUACUACCCGGUGUCUGAACACGUGCUAGAACGCGCCAACGCCAUGCCCCCCUGCCAGCUGGGCUCUCCCGAGAUGCCCCAUAUGGUACGGCGUCCCGUCAGUGCCAACACCACCGAGAUGAAGCAGCACGUGCCCACCCCCCGCCCCCUCAUCCACUCUCAGAGCGUCGGCCUGCGAUUCUCCCCCUCCAGCAACAACAUCUCCACCGGAUCCACCACAAAUUUGGCGCCGGGCUUCAGGCCGCCCUCGUCCAUCCAGCAGAUGGAGAUCCCCCUGCAGGCCACGUACGAGCACUCCUGUGACGACAUGUCCCCCAUCUCGCCCUCCCAGGGCGGCGGGGGGCUGUAUCAGGGUGAGACUACCCGCUCUAGAAACACGCCCUUUAUGGGCAUCAUAGACAAGACAGCACGGGCUCAGCAGUACCUGCACCAGCCCUCACGGUCCAGACCCAUGACGUCCAUGGACUCCGCCAUCAGUCCCACCUCCCCCGGCCAGCUGGUCCACCAAGGCUCCACCUACAGCCCCCCCGCCUCGCUGGGCAACAUCGCCUACUACAACAAGACAAACAACGCCCAAAACGGACACCUGUUGGAAGAGGACUACUACAUCCAGACUCAGCCCCCGUCGCUGGGCAAGCUGGCCAACGGUCGCGGCGGCGGCGGCGGAGGAGGCGGAGGGGACAUCCUGGAGCGGGUCAGCCAGGUGCCCACCUACCCGGACGUGAAAGUGGCGAGGACUCUGCCCGUGGCGCAGGCCUACCAGGACAACAUGUACCGCCAGCUCUCGCGGGACUCCCGGACCCAAGGCCCCACCUCCCCCAUCAAACCAAAGAGACCAUUUGUGGAGUCGAAUGUGUGAUUGCCGGUCUGUGAUUGGUCGGCUGGAGAUGGAUGUUGUUACGAGUGAGG